GACGGGUCGGGAUGUUGGCUUGGGGCUGGCGGGGUCUUGUGUGACCCUUCGGCCCACCUCACCCCUUUCUCUUUUCUUCACCCCUGUCGGCAGAUGGAGUUCAGCAGCAGAGCGCGGCAGCGGCACCUGAGGCUGGCGGGGGACAGGCGGGAGCCGUACCCCCACAGCCUGCAGUUCUACCAGGAGCCCCCCACCGAGAGCAUCUCGCUGGUCGAGUUCGAGAGCUUCGCCGUGGACCGCCUGAGGCUGCUCAAGGUAGUUGAAAACCUUGGUGUGAGCUAUGUAAAAAGUGGUGAUGCGUACAAAACUAAGCUGGAGGCUGAGCUCCGGAAACUUAAGUUUCCCUACAGAGCUUUGGCUGAGGAUGAUUAUGAUGCAAGAAGAAAGGAUCAUAUUUCUCAUUUCAUAUUGCGCCUUGCUUACUGUCAGUCUGAGGAACUCAGACGUUGGUUUCUUCAACAAGAAAUGGAUCUGUUCCGAUAUCGCUUCCACGAACUGACUGAUGGCCUGAGGCAGAAAUUCUUGGAUCAUGUUAACUUAUCAUUUGAAGCUAUUAGUGAAGACCUGAAAAAUGAAUUGGCAAAUGAGCUGUUUAUGUCAACUCCUGGCCUCAGUAUGACUAAAGUAAAAGAGCAAAUGUUCUAUAAGGUUGGACUGUCAGAUGCUGUUGAUCUGUUUAGAGCAAGAAGAGUGUUUAUUAAAGAUGGAUUUGCAUUUGUGCCACUGAAGGACAUUGAUGCUAUUGUUUUGAAUAACUAUAGAAAAAACUUAUCUAAAGCACUGGCGCUGACAGCACGAUCACUGCCUUCCAUACAGUCUGAUGAGAGACUACAACCACUGCUUAAUCAUCUCAGCCAUUCUUACGUUGGCCCAGAUUACAGCGUACAAAAAAACACUGGAAAAAUUGCUCUAGAGCACAUUGAUGCUCUUUCUGUGAAAUCAUUCCCUCUUUGCAUGCGCCAGUUGCACAAAGCCCUACGUGAGAACCAUCACCUCCGUCAUGGAGGCCGUAUGCAAUAUGGACUUUUCUUAAAAGGCAUUGGUUUGACUCUAGAACAGGCACUGGAGUUUUGGAAGAAGGAAUUUAUCAAAGGAAAAGUGGAUGCAGACAAGUUUGACAAAGGAUACGCGUACAGCAUUCGCCACAACUAUGGGAAAGAAGGAAAGAGAACAGACUAUACCCCGUACAGCUGCAUGAAGAUUAUCAUGUCCAAUCCACCAAGUCAAGGGGAUUACCAUGGAUGCCCAUUCCGCCACAGCGAUCCUGAGCUACUGAAGCAGAAGCUGCAGUCGUACAAGGUUCCUCCCAGUGGAGUAACUCAGAUCCUGGAAUUGGUGAAGGGCAUGCAUUACCAGCUGGCGUGUCAGAAGUACUUUGAAUUGACACAUGAUGUUGAUGACAUUGGAUUUUCUUUGAAUCAUCCUAAUCAGUAUUUUGCAGAAAGUCAAAGGAUAUUAAGUGGUGGUAGAGAAAUGAAGAAGGAACCAAGUCAUUUGGGAAACUCUCAACAAAGAAAUAAUAGUCAGGAAAGCGUGAAUUCAAAUUCUACUCCCACCACUUCAAAUAUGACUACUGAUGCAGAGCUGGAGGGACUGGAGGCAUACUUCACUGAAGAUUAAGCAACUAUGGUAGCUUUUUUCUUUUUCUGUUCUUAACUGAAUUAAUGCUUUUACUAAGAAGCAUGCACUUCACUACUUAGAAGACACAAGCAUUUAGCAAUUACAAUAGGCUGAUGGAAAAGGAAGAAUGAUGCUGAAGCUGUAAUCACGUGCAGUGCUUACUGUUGUUGCUGUAGAAUACUAUUGCAUAGGGCAUCUUGAAAGAUGGAAAAUGGGAAAUUCCUUCCCAUUUCUUAGGUGCCUUUUGCCUGACUUGCCUUUUUUGAUUUUGUUUAAGAUGUAUAAUUAUUUUAUCCUAUUUUGUGGUCAUUUUUGUAUAUUAUUAAUAAAUAAAUUGCAAGAUAAAAAAUUGCAGUAUUUUAUUUUUAGCUGUCUUUAUAUGGCAAUUAAGUGAGACUUCUUCCUUGAUCUUAACUACCUUCUGAAGCAGUGAACAUGUUUUCUACACAAGGAGCUGAAUGAAAUCAGCUUCCUAAUUCGUGUACCUCAGCACUGAAUUUCAAGAACUUGUUAAUGUGCUUGAGGUAGAACCUAGCUAGGCUGUGCACGUUACCUGUGUAGUUGUAUUAUGCUACAGGUUUUAUUCUUUGCAACAGCUGACUGAUUCAAACUAUUAAUGGUGCAAUUGGACUUUUUCUUUUAUUACUAUGAAGAUUUUGGACAAACCUUCAGUCUUUGCUUCUUGUAUGUUAUACGUUCAUUUAAGGGCAUGUAACUUUCACAUACCUGGUGCAACACCGGGUGUUAAAAAAAUAUAUAUCUUUUGUUGUUAGAAGAGGAUUGACUAGUAGGGUUCACUGUUCCUUAAAUUAUUCCUGAUUUAAUUAAUGACUGUUCUGUGUAAAGUACCAGAAUCUUACUCCUUGAAUACCAUAUAUUCAAAGGAGUUGUAGAAAUCCAUCCUGAAAAAGGCUGCACUCCAGAUACUGAAGAUUGAAGCAGCAAGGAGUUACAGACAGUGAUGCUGGUGAAGCACCAGACAGCACUCCACUGAUGUGUGGGACUGUUGGACUCCAUUGAUGGUGAAGGAUUCUAUGUAAUCCACAGAUGACUGAAGGAUUUUCACCUGAAGGUUUUGAAGUGCCUUUGUAAGUCAUGACAGUGCUCUAAUUUUGAAUUUAUUCUGCCCUAACUCUCCUAAAUGAUGACAUUG